AUGGUCGAUAGAUAUCCAUAUGGAGACACACUGUCUGUUUCCGAUUUUAACUUGAUAUCCCACCCACCUUCAUUCAGUCAUUCUACUUCAAGCUUAGCAGCGCCUGCAUCCUCUGAUACACUGAGGGAAAAGACCCCCCGUAUUGGCAACCAUUACCUUAGCCAAGACAGUCAAGAGUAUUUAGGACAAUCCUAUCUUCAAUCCAAUUCUCCUUACCAUCUUUCCUCAAAAAAUCGUACAUAUGCUACCAUGGAUCCGCUGCAUCGCCCAGACAUGCUAAAUCCUUGUUUGACGUCGAAUCAGUACAGAACUACGGCUUUUCAGUCGCGAAACAGUCCAGGAGACUUCCUGGCACCGCCGCCUGAACAAGACUCGCCCUUUCUCGGAGCCACUUCAAAUAACCCAUUGUACAUAUCCCACAGUCAACGGUAUCGCCAUCAGAUUUCGAAUCACCUAGAUAGUACUCAUCAACUAUUUGCACCAUCCAUAUUCGGCUCACUUAGCAGAUCACACUGCUCUGAUGAUGUAUUUGGCAAGAGCGAAGAGGAAUACUCUCCAACUCCAAGGGAAUCGAAGAGAAAGACGGAGUUGCGGCCACCUACUGAAAUAAAAGAGGAGUCGGAAUUGACUGGAAAUCCGUGGGCCGAUAAUGAAAUGGGUGUGGAUUGUGGUAUACUGGAUGGUUCAAAAAUUGACAUUAACAAAGAGGACGCAGUUGUCUCUUGA